UUUCGAACCAACACCGGGUGUAUUCCUCAUCAUCAUCAUCACGGAUGUCGGCCAGCAUACAGCCUCGCUCGGGGCUCAAUGCGCUCAAGAGGUCAUGGUCAGGUAGCUCGCAUGAUCUUGGGGACGACGGGCGAGACGAUGAUGUCAAGGUGGCGCCAACCAAGGCUCAGAGAAAGCUCGACGAACGGGCCCGCGAACGCACCUCGACGAGUAGCAGCCAAACCGAGUAUAUCGAAGGUUGGGAGCCGACACCACCUGAAAAGCAGAGAGCUGCUCGUCAGAUGCUCUACGAUAUCGAUGGGAACGCUCGACGAGGGCAUGGCUAUCCCAACGCUCUGAAGCCCAUGAAACCUGAUCCUUUCCCUUCUGAGAAGCCCUUUCCAUCCCAGCAUUCAUCCUCAUCAUCACAGCUCUCUGGCGUGCGAGUCUCUGGCCUGUCUCGUGGCCUCGCUCGCUCUCCAAGCUUCAACGAAUCUCGUCACUCGGAUUCCCCUCCGUCCCCUCCCAAGCCAAGUAAGGGCAGCAGCAUGGCAGAACGCAGUAUCUCAUCAGCAUCUUCCACCUCUGAAGCCGCAAAGACUCGCCAGCUUCCGGCAGACUUUGCUGCACCCCAGUUUAGACCUGCCUCCAAGGCCGAGCUCCUCGCCCAGCGUCAACGCAAGGAAAUCGAGCGACAGCAGGCAGAGAGUGGCUCGUCAAAGACUGUCUCCAAGGAGGAGAAGGACGUCACGGUACCAAGCAUGUUCAUGCUGAGCCAACAGCAGCGCUACGUCCACGACCUCGUCUGCCAACAGGGUAAGAGCGUCUUUUUCACCGGGUCGGCAGGUACGGGCAAGUCAGUCCUACUCCGCGAGAUCAUCAAGGUCCUCAAAAAAAAGUACGAGAAGAGACAAGACUGUGUCGCUGUCACUGCAUCGACGGGCAUUGCGGCGUGCAACAUAGGCGGUGUAACGCUGCAUAGCUUUGCAGGCAUUGGCUUGGGACUGGAGGAUGUGCCUACGCUCGUACGCAAGAUUCGCCGCAAUCGAAAGGCGGUGGGGAGGUGGGCGAGGACCCAAGUCCUCAUCAUUGACGAAGGUGAUCUCUAUGGUAGAACCCGACCUUCUCGACAAGCUCGAUGGCGUAGCUCGUGCCCUGCGCAAGACGCCCAGCAAGCCAUUUGGCGGUAUCCAGAUCAUCAUCACAGGCGACUUCUUCCAGCUGCCUCCAGUCAUGAAGAAUACAGGCACGCGCUUCGCUUUCGAGGCAAAGAUGUGGGACGAGGCGCUCUCUCACAAGGUCAACUUGACGCAGGUCUUCCGUCAGAAAGAUCAGACUUUCGUCAGGAUGCUCAAUGAGAUGCGCAUGGGGACCUUGAGCAAGGACUCGGUCGAGCGCUUCCGCAGCCUCAAUCGCCCUCCAAAGGCAGCCCUCGACGUCACGCCCACCGAACUGUUCCCGCAUCGUGAAGACGUCGACAAGGCGAACAAGGAGCGACUCAUCCAGAUCAAGGGCUUCGGGCAGAGCUACGAGGCCCGCGACACUGGUCAAUUGCCCCCUGACCAGCUCGAGAAGGUCCUUUCGCAGUUCAUGGCGCCGCCCAAAAUCUUCCUCA